CUUCCGCUGCAGUGAGAGGGCCACAAUGGCUGCGAGAGGCAGGGAGGAGAAGGCCUUUAUCGGUCACGGAGAACAGCCAGAGCCGGGGUUAGGGGUGUCAGUGUUCCAUUAGCAUAGGAAGACUAGGCGUUAUUUACUUUAAAGUCUCCCCAAAUCACAGCACUGAGAGGGAGUCUAGGAGUAUUGGGGUAAAGGGUGUGGCCUGUUUAUUUUGUGAAGAAGACAUUAAGGGGAAGUGAAGACUGAUGCAUUCUGUAGAUUGUGAGCGAUGCUCACAAAUGAUCACAUUAAGUGUUGUGUUGGUGUACGUAUAUUGAGAAGAUGAUUUAGCUGGUUUCUUACUUUGCAGAGUGCCACAAAGACAGCAUGACCUAGCACAAUGCCUUAAAACACAGCUCAUUAUAUCACAGUAUAUAGCACUGCACAUCACAGAGUGGAACAAUAACACUUAAUAAAAUGCAAUGAAGAAAACAAAUUGUUGCAUAUUAACAGUAUAUUGUAAAUGUAUAUGAGCACCUCAUGGUCACGUUACCAUUAACCAAGUUAUACAGAAAAUACAUAUAUCAGACACACAAACACACAGGGCUGGAUGUGUGAGAGGUUGAGGCAGGAGAAAAGAAGAGAUGCGGAGACUCCGGAGAAAAGGAGGGAACAAUGAGAAGGUGUUUGGCUGUGACCUGUUGGACCACUUGUCCACUACCUGUCAGGAGAUUCCCCAGGUGCUGCGAAGCUGCAGUGAAUUCAUUGAGGAGCAUGGGGUGGUAGAUGGGAUCUACAGGCUAUCUGGGGUGUCAUCCAACACACAGAAACUAAGGGGUGAGUUUGACAGUGAGGGGACCCCGGAUCUCAAUAAGGAUGUGUACCUGCAGGACAUUCACUGUGUCAGCUCUGUCUGCAAGGCCUACUUCAGAGAGUUACCCAAUCCCCUCCUCACAUACCAGCUCUAUGACAAAUAUGCUGAAGCUGUGGCGAUUCAGUUGGAGGAGGAGAGGCUGGUUAAGAUUAAGGAUGUGCUGAAAGAGUUACCUGCUCCCCAUUACAAAACUCUGGAGUUCCUGAUGCGCCACCUUGUCAAGAUGGCUUCUCACUCCUCACACACCAAUAUGCAUUCCCGGAACCUCGCCAUUGUUUGGGCUCCGAACCUUCUCAGGUCAAAGGACAUUGAGGCGUCAGGGUUUAACGGUACAGCAGCCUUUAUGGAGGUGAGGGUCCAGUCUAUUGUGGUGGAAUUCAUCCUCACCCACGUGCCCCAGCUGUUUCCUGAUUCAGGUAUUACGGAGCGCCGGAAGUCACUGCCAUCUCCCUCUAUACACAAUCCAGAGGAACCUUUCUUCCGGGCCAUUCCAUUCCAGUUAGGCAACAUCAGCCCAGGGGACGGUCCCCCUGCCAUGCGUUCCUACCACGCCAUCAUAGACGGGACAGACAAGAGGAAGGGAUCUCUUAAGGGCAGGAAGUGGAAGUCCAUCUUCAAUUUAGGAGGCAGACUCCAUGAUCCGAGACGGAGGAACAAGAACUCGGCCAAAGAAAAAGAGAGAACUGUCUUGAGGCCAGCGAAGAGCAUGGAUUCCCUGAGCUCUGUGCCCUAUCCGCAAGAAGGUUCCAGACAACGACCCCCUUCCACUGUGAUGUCCCCCUUGGCUCAGCCCUCUCCCUGUACCCAGGGGGUUGCGGAGGGAGGGGCAUCCAGUAGUGGUGGUGAUAUGGGCAGCGGGUAUGCUGUGACCUACCGGAGGGGACAGGGGGCUAGUGUGAGUGUAGUGAGCGGGGGCGGCGGAACACAGGGCAUAUACAGUCGACUGGACAGUCACUGUGGUGGGGGCAACAGCACUGAGGCUCUGCAACCCCCAUCCAGAUCCCCAGGACUCUCCAGCAAAGCCGACCGGCGGGCAGGGAUCCACAUCUCCGGACCUUUCUCGGUCACAGUACCCCUUCACAUCACAUCAGGCCUGGCCUUUGGGGUGCUGCAGGGGGGUGGAGCGGACAGGGGCAACCACAGAGGAGGACAGGAGAGUGGAGAUAAAGGAGAGGGCGGGGAGGGUGACAGACGGAAGGGAAGGGAGGGGGAGAGACAGAAGGCAAGGGAGGGUCACAGACAGGAGGCAAGGGAGGGUGACAGACAGGAGGGAGGGGAAGGGGAAAGGCACAUCCGAGUAGAAGUUAAGAGGGAGGACAAGACUGACCUAGGCAAGAGAAGAGAUGAGGAGGUAACAGGGGAGAGGAGAGGUGAGGCAGAGGAAGAUAAAGUUGAAGAAAAAUGGGGAAGAGGAGAAGAGGAGAGAGAAGAGGAAGUGAAUGGGGACUGUGUAUCUAAGCCAUCAGAAGAAAGCAUUGAAGAGAUUCUGGUUCAGGGUGAGGGUGGAGAAGGGGAUGCAGAAAACCAUGACAACGAUGAGGGAGAAUACAUGGAUAUGAAAGGAUCUGUGCAGACUGCCCUGGAUGCCCCAGAUAUGUCAGGUGUCAGAAAUGAAGUAGUUGCCAUAGAUUUGCCAUUUCCUCUGAUGGAGGAGGACGAUGAACAAGACCAGGACUGUCCACUGGACUUUCAGGAUACUUUUGGAUUCCUUGACCUUAUGGACAGCAGUGUCUCCAGCCAGAUGUUCCAAGAGUUCUCAGUGGAGCCUCAUCAUGGGGGUGAUGAGUAUGAAGACGAGGUGGAGCAUAGAUCCCCAGGACUCUCACAUGACAGACCAGACCCUGUCACACAGCCACCUGUAGACACACAGACACAAAUACAGACACAAACGCCCAUACACAGGCCUCUAAGCAUAGAUCAGUAUGGGCGAGCCAACAAGUCAAUGAGUCUGCCUUACAUGUCCCGGCCCUUCCUGCCUGCUCUGUCUUCCUCCUCCUCUGAAGAAGAAGAGGAGGAUGAAGAAGGUGAUGAUUAUGACAAAGAAGAUGAGGAGGAUGAUGAUGACAUGUUCUGUAAAAGUCUACCAUCUAGUUUGGUGUUCAACAGACUGACAUGGAGUGGACCUCAGACUGACUUGGAGAACAGUUUGUCCCCAGCCCCUGUGCCCUCACAACCACUGGACGGUGCCUCUGAUGACGGACCAAUUUCUAGUUCUGAGGCCAGAAUUCCCCCUGAGCACUUGGACAUUGAUUCCCCUGACUGCUGUCACCACUCAGUGGAGGUUUUGAGGUAUAGCAAAGCUGAAGAAAAGAAUAGUCUGGAAGCGAUGAAACUGGUGGAGGAGGAGGAUGCAGAACAGGAUCGAGGCAACCAGGAGAAAAACCAGGCAGACACCCUGACCAAUACUUGCACAGAAAGAUCGCCUUCACUUUGCAGCACUGACAUAGAAGAACGUUGUCACUUGGUUGAAACCAGCAUCAUGGAGGAAGAGGAAACUCCAGAUCACAUUGAGAAGAGCCACGCUUCAGCAUCCGCAUCAACUGACUGUGAGGAGGCCUCACUGCAGACCACUGGAGUUCAUCUGAAGCUCAAAGACGAGGAAGAGGUCCUGAAGAGUCAAUGUCCUGAAGAAGGUGUGAUUUCAGAGGGUUAUCAUGGUGAUACAGUGAGCGAAGCCGAUGCAGAAAACCCACAAGAGCAUUUACUCGCGGCCUCUCUUACUGUUUCCUGUGCUGAAGAGCCAGAGAACAUAGUCAAUGAGCGAUCAGAGGAGGUUUCUAGAGAUUCAGCUGGGGAUGUAAAAGAGCAUCCUGAAAAAAGUGCUAAGAGGGAGAGAGCUGGAGAGGAGAAGAAGGUAGAGGAAGUGAUGGAGGAAAGAGAUGAUAGAAACGGGGGAGGAUGGGACAAACAAGAGGGAGAAGAAACAGCAUGUGAGAGCGAGGGAGAUAUGGGCAAAAGAGAGGAGAGAGAGGUAUUAAAGGAAUUGGAAAAAACUGAAGAAAAUUAUGUGGGGGUUAGGGUGGGAGUGGAGGAGAAGGAACAAGGAGGAAUGAUUGAAGAAGAGGAUGACAGGAUAGCAGGUGAUGAAAGGGAAGUAGGAGAAGAGGACACAAAGCAGGAAGAGCUCAUUUAUGAAGAGAUGAUGAGCAUAGUAGUGAGGGAUGACAUGAUGGAAAGUGGAGAGUGUAAGGAUAGGGAAGGAAAGACUGAGGGAAGUACAUUUAUAGAGGAGGUGAUAGAAACCAAAGAAGAUGGAGAGAUGAUUGGAGUACAACAGAAAGAGAUCAUGAAAGAGAUAAAUGAGAGUAAGGCAAGUGAAGAGAUGAGUGCAAAAGAAGAGGCGAAGAAAGCGGUGGAAGGAGUGGAUCCCAUGGGAGAGACUGAGGAAGAGGCAGCUGAAGGAGUGGAUACCAUGGGAGAGACUGAGGAAGAGGCAGCUGAAGGAGUGGAUACCAUGGGAGAGACUGAGGAAGAGGCAGCUGAAGGAGUGGAUACCAUGGGAGAGACUGAGGAAGAGGCAGCUGAAGGAGUGGAUCCCAUGGGAGAGACUGAGGAAGACGCAGCUGAAGGAGUGGAUACCAUGGGAGAGACUGAGGAAGAGGCAGCUGAAGGAGUGGAUACCAUGGGAGAGACUGAGGAAGACGCAGCUGAAGAGAGGGUGGAAGGUGUGGAUACCAUGGGAGAGACUGAGGAAGAGACAGCUGAAGGAGUGGAUACCAUGGGAGAAACUGAGGAAGAGGCAGCUGAAGGAGUGGAUACCAUGGGGGAGACUGAGGAAGACGCAGCUGAAGAGAGGGUGGAAGGUGUGGAUACCAUGGGAGAGACUGAGGAAGAGGCAGCUGAAGGAGUGGAUACCAUGGGAGAGACUGAGGAAGAGGCAGCUGAAGGAGUGGAUACCAUGGGGGAGACUGAGGAAGACGCAGCUGAAGAGAGGGUGGAAGGUGUGGAUACCAUGGGAGAGACUGAGGAAGAGGCAGCUGAAGAGAGGGUAGAAAAGAUGUUGAUUUAUAAUGAGAAACAGGAUCUAGAGGCACAGCACGUUUUAGAGAGAAGACAAAGAGAUAUAGAUCUUAUAAAGGAUGUUGUGGGAGAGGGAUAUGAGGAGGGAGAGAAAGAGAUUGAAGUGGGAGAUGUAAUCUGGGAGGAAGAAGGAGAUAGUAUACGUGUGGUCCAAUGGGAGACAGAUGAGAAGAAAGGAGAGAUGAAAGAUCAACUAAAGACACCAACAAUAGAGGAAAGAGAAGAAGAACUGAAAGAGAUCCAGAUAAACAACAACAAAAAAUAUGAGGGAGAAAACAAAGCGAUGGAUAGUAAAGUGGGGUCUGAAAAAGGGGUGGGGAGAGUGCUGGUCGUGUCUAAACAACAAACACCCCCUAAAGUGUAUCAAGCAAGAUCAGUGCCAGUGGUACCACCCAAGCCCCAUCACUGCCGAAUAACUGCACUGAACCUCAGACAACAGCAGCACCAGAGGGAGAGGAGAGAGACAGACAGAGACAGUGGAAAGGGAAAGGUACACAGGACUUUGGGACAGCAAGAUAAGGAGAGAAAGAUGGAAGGAAAGCCAGAGCAUGACAAAGUCAGCAAGACAGAACGAGGGUGGAAUGAGGAUGGGGAAGAUGAGGGCACAGGCAAAAAGGAGGCACAGAGUGGGGGGGUGAGGGAGAGGAGGAGAGAUGUGGAUGAGGGGGGAGUGAAAGACAUGAUGAAAAACAGUCCAGUCAGUAUGUGUUUUGAUGAAGCUGUUGCCAUGGGAAUCAAGAGAGGGAGAGAGAAAGAGGGCAGUGAAAGGGAGAAAAAAAAAGAGAGAGGAUAUGAAGUACAAUAAAGAGAAAGAGGUGGACAUAAAAGCCAGUAAAUGUUAUAGUCAUUGACUCUGUCUGGAUGGUUAGUAUACAAACGUAUCAUUUAUAUAUAGUUAUAUUUUCCAUACUGCCUGUAUUAUUCAGCCUGGGCCUAGAACCCCGUCCCACUAAUAUUCAGGGCUACUCAGAAAACUGAUCCUCCGCAGACUCCCCCCUCCCCUCCAUCUGUAAAUGUCCUCCUUAUUUGUUGCUAUUUUCAACCUAUUAAACUAACUUGCCAUUUUAACUUGGUUUCAAUCUACAAAGAGUUGUAAAUUUACACCCAAGUAUGUCAAUCUCAGGUAUCACAUCUCAUGCAUAACCAUAGGUAUUGUGAGCAAGAAAAUUGUAUAACUUCUUAUGAGCAACGGCUAGAGAUGUCAUUAUUUGUACCAAUUCCUAAAACCAAUGCAUUUUCUGUUUUUAAUUCAUUUUUGUGAAUAAAUUUAUUCUGCAGACAA